AUGACAACCAUCCAACAAGAAGAAUCCGGCGUGGACACCACCGCGGGCCUGAGUCCUCUGGAGCGGAGGAACAGUCUGGAGAAGCAUCUUCAACACCGACCUGAUGAGCAGGAUUUGAAGGAUCGACACAUCCUUUUGGAUACGACUGCGGCUCCCGCUUUGCAAGCUAGACAGGCGGAAUUGGAACGGCAGAAGAUUACAGAUAAUUUGAAAAAGGGCCUCGCAAAACGCCCUGAAAAGGACGAUCUCGUAUCAAAGAACAUCCUGCCGGAUUCGAGUGCUGCGCCGGCCAUUCAGGGACAGCAGAGGGAGUUGGAGAAGCAUAUGCGUGCGGACACGCUGGAGAAGGCGGUACAAGGCAGGCCGCAGAAGGAUGAGUUGGUCAGCAAGGGAAUUCUGAAGGAAGCAGAGUAA